AUGAAUAAUAAGUUCAACAAUUGCACAUCAAAAAUUGGAUUAAACGGUAAAUGGAAUAUUUCAAGAAAAUGUCAACAUAUCUUGCAUAUCUUAAAGUAAAAUUUUUAAAUACGUUAUUUUCAAAAUGUAUGUAAAUAUUUAUCAAACUCAUGUAAUAAUAUCUAAUUCCUUGAAUAAAAUUUUUGUUCCAGAAUUCUAUAUAUGCCUGAGAUCAUCCAAUUUCCAAAUUAGAAAUCGUCGUAUAUUUUAAUUGUUAAAGUUGUUAUAUCAUUAUUUAUUACAUUAAAUUUUGAAAUAUGCGAAAAUAUUACCAGGCUGCACUUGUAAUAAUUGCCAUAGUGAGUCUAGUAUCCUUAUUAUUUUAUAGACAUGAAUAUAACAAAUUAAGAUACGUUUUAGAAGUUUUUAAUUAUUUUGGUAAGCCAAAUCAGAGAAGUGAAAUGAAUUGCACAAAUAAUGUACCAGUUUUUACUAAAUUUGAUAUGAAAUUUGAAGAACCACUUUCUGCCUGGCAAAGAUUAAAUGAUGAUUUGUAUGUUUAUUCUGCAUAUAAUAUACGUGACAAAGAAAUUCAAGUAAUAGGUUUUGGUUCAUCAAAUAGCAUUAAAGAUAUGCAAUGUCAAAUAUUAUUUGAAAAUGAAAUUGAACCAGUUUUAGGAAACUUUAAUUAUCUUUUAAUUGAUCUUCACAAUAUACCUAUAUUACCAAUCAAAAAUCAAUCACAUAACUUAAAUUAUGUUAAUAUUGGAGUAUGCAUAACACCAUCUUUAACAAAACCAAUACAACCAUUACAAAUGAUUAGUUUUAUACAGUUUCAUGACAUAAUUGGUGUGGAUAAUUUUAUAGUAUAUGAUUUUGGUAUUCCAAGUCAAUAUAAUAGCAAUUUUAAAGAACUAUCUAAAUCUCUAAAUCCAUAUUGGAAAUUUACUUAUACAAUAGUGCCAUGGAAUUUUCCUUUCCUCAAUACUCAUCCUACUAUAAUAAAAGACUUGAUACAAGCAGACUGUUUGUACCGUACAUAUAAUAAAGUUAUGUAUAUUACUACAUUAUCUUGGGAAGAGUAUAUAGUUUUAAGAUAUCAUCAUUCCCUUACAGAUUUAUUGACAGAUUUUAAAAAAUCUAAAAUGAAAGCAGAUCGUUAUAAAUUAAAGACAUUGACAUUUUGUACACAACAAACAGAUAUAAACAGCAAUAAAAAUGUAACAUUAAUGAUAUUUAGAAAGUUAUAUUAUGAUUCAAGUAUACUUGAUAAUCGACCAAUUUAUAUUUAUAAUACACAUGAAGUAUUUAAAAAAAAUAAUAUUUAUACACGUGACAUUGGGAAAGAUUUAGUCACAUUAAAUCGUUAUCAGUAUUGUCCUGGAAAAUCAAAUAUAGAAACAGGCACUGAAGACACUUCAAUUUUAAGAUUCACUGAAGAUGUACAGAAUUCACAAAUAUAUAGGAAAUUUAUAACAAAAAAUAAAUUUUUAUCGAACAAUAGCAAUUGAUGCUUAGAUUUAAUGUAUUUAUAAGACAAUUUUAGUCUAAAAAUUUAAUUAUAAGAUAUUAGAAAUAUAAGAAUACAAUAUUGUAUGAUGUAUAUAUAUGUAUAACAUGUAUAUAAAAAUUUGUUACAAUGCAAAAUUAUUUAGGUUUCAGUAUUUAUGAUUCCAAUAUUUCAACUUCCUAAUAUUAUUUUUUAUGUUAAAUAUUCUUUACGUAUUAGUACACUUUUUUACUUUAAAUACUUUAUUUAUCAAAAAAAGUAGUAUAAAAACAUUUUUAUAACUUGUUUAGUACUAUACUUAA